GGGGAAGGCGUGUGGAUGCGUGUGUGUGCGAGGCGCACAUCAUACACACAUCAGACACCGCGGAUCCAUCAGCAGGCAGGCAGGCAAGAAAGCCCCCCCGAGCCGGGCUGCAGGCGAGACCGCUGCUCCUCGCACGGCAGCGGAGGAGCGUUGGGCCCUGCUGAGCACCGAUGCUUUGCAGAGCUCAGCUCCAGGGAGCCCAUCGCUGCUGAGGAGGUUGCCGAUAGCAGACUCGUGUGCCCAGGUGCCCUUUCUCCUGCCGCCCAACUGCCCAUCCUCAAAACGGAGGAGCCUGCCGACCCCACCAUGUCAUCGGACCCCAGCGCCCCGCCGGCGGUACCGCCCCUGCACUCCCCCAAGUCACCGGUGUGGCCCACCUUCCCCUUCCAGCGGGAGGGCAGCCGCAUCUGGGAGCGGGGCAACCUCCUGCUGCGGGACCUGCCCAGCCCCCUCCCCACCAAGAGGACCAGGACUUACUCAGCGACAGCACGUGCCUCUGCUGGCCCCAUCUUCAAGGGCGUCUGCAAGCAGUUCUCUCGCUCCCAGGGCCAUGGGUUCAUCACUCCUGAGAACGGCACAGAAGACAUUUUUGUCCAUGUGUCUGACAUCGAGGGGGAGUACGUCCCAGUGGAGGGGGAUGAGGUGACGUACAAGGUCUGUCCCAUCCCUCCCAAGAACCAGAAGUUCCAGGCGGUGGAGGUGGUACUCACCAACCUGGCUCCCCACACGAAGCACGAGACGUGGUCCGGCCAGAUAAUUGGCUCCUAGGUGCCUGGGGGGGGCCGCCGGCUGCUCAGCCCCACAGAGCAAGCCUGCCCGGCCGCUUGCAGGGGGUGCAGGGGGAGCCAAGGCAGCAACGGGGCCGGGGCUGCCCAAAAUUACGCAGGCAUUUGCGUUCAGUGUCUUUUAUAAGGUUACGGUUUCCUUUCUCUGUGUGUGUUUGUGUCUGUUGAGGAGGACAGGGGAAGCAGAGCCCUCCCCUGCCACCCCCCAGCUCUGGGGCAGCGCCGAGCCCCACGUCCCCUUCCUUGCCCCUGAAGCCAUGGGAACAGGGGAACCUGUCCUACCCCCUGGCACCCCGGCUGCCCUGGGCUGAAGCAGGUGCUGAGAGCUGGAGGGGUCUAGGGGGGCUCAGCUCGUCCUCCUGAACCCCGCUCUGGCAAAGCAGGUACCCUGCUUGUUCCCACUGCCCGCUGUGCAUGCUGUGGGGCUGGGGGGAGACAGGGCAGCGUGGGGCAGCGUAUCACUGUGCAGGGACUGGGUGGCUGAGACCCGUCCCCAUCUGAGCUGGCAGCUCACUGCACCCACCUGAGCCACAUCCCUCCAGCAAAAGAUCUCAGGUCAGCGGUGCCAUGGGGAGGCGAGUGGCUUACAGAAAUAAAAAGUUCAGUUGUAAGGGGCGAAUGGCUGCUGGCAGGGCACAGGGGUGCUCGGCGUUGUGCCCAGGGUCGCUGCGCCUGGGUGUGGGUCAGGGGUGCACUUGGCGCCUCUGUGCUCCCCACCACCACUGGGCUGGUAACGCACUUUUCUUGGCUCGGUGCUGACAUGGUUUUGGGGAGAUGGCCGCCUUCUCCUCUGCCUCCCCUUGUCCCCCCAGGCCCCUGGGGACUCCCCUUCCCACACGUGUGUGUGUGUGUGUCUGUGCACAUCUGUAGCUUGCAGGGGAGGGCGAGGGGCUGAGGGGUUUGAGUAGCCUUGGCCAUGGGGUGAGCGCAGCCACCUCCUCCUUCACUCCUCGCUGUAGGCAGGGUCUUGUAUACAAAGCACAAAUUUCAGUUUUGGUCUUCUCCGCCAUACUGUGGCCAGGCGGGCUCCUGUGGCCCUGGGGAGGGACAGUGCAGAGGGUGGCGGGCUGGGGCGGCAUGAACUCAUCUGAGCCUGCACUGACCCCAGGGAAAUGGUGCCUGCACCCAUGCUCUGGAGAUUACCAGCAUCUUAGGGGGUUUAUUUCAGAGCAGGACAAGCAGCCCUCUGAGCGGGAAGGAUAACGGUGGCUCCCCGGCACCCACUUGAUGGGAGCCUCAGCUCUAGUGGAGAGCAUUUUCCACCUUUCUGGCUGCCGCUGUUGCGGUGGGGACAGGGGUCUGCUGUAAGCAGGGAGAGGAGGGUGUCAAGGCUGGUGUCAUGCAGGACAGUUGUGGAUUAGGGGUGACCGCCAUGUGCUGCCCCAGCCCAGGCUGGCGCGGGGACUGUCCCAGGACCCCACAGCCCAUCUCACUGCCAACCCAAAACCCGGCUCACCCAGGGGCUGCGGUGACGCCAGCUCAGGCCCCACGCAUCCCUGGGACAUGCAGUCAGCUUGGCCAAGGCAAACUGUGUUUGAUUCUUUUUUUUCCUCCCUUUUUUCGGAAAUAAACUAAAACCCUAGAUUUGUUGGUGUUUUUACAAUUCUGGUGUCCUUCCCACCUGUCUGACCGUGUUUCGACCUUUGUAACAUUGGCAAUAAACCAUUAAAAGUGACUUUCCCUUGA